UCUUAGGAAAUGAAGCUCCGGAACUUUUUAAUGCUAUCGAAUUUGGGAAGACAGAUGUAGUUACACGUCUAAUUGAAAAUAGUUCACUCGUAAAUGCUGAGAAUCCGGAUGGACUUACACCGCUUUUAUUUGCUGCAUCUAAGAAUAAAACGGAGAUAGUCAAAGUUCUUGUCGAUCAUGGAGCUGAUGUGAAUUCUAGAGAUUACAGUAAUUCUACACCACUCCAUGAGGCUGUUCAAUAUGGCACACUCGAAAUGAUUGAGUUUUUAAUCAGUCGUGGUGCAAAGGUGAAUGUCGAAGAUUCUAUUCAAUGGACGCCACUCCAUAAAGUUGCCCGAUUUGGUAAGAUGCAGAUUCUUAAAUAUCUUGUCGAACAUGGAGCCGAUGUGAAUUCUAGAGACACAGAUAAUCGCACACCACUUCAUUGGGCCUAUAAAGGUACACUCGAAAUGAUUGAGUUCUUAAUCACUCAUGGUGCAAAGGUAAAUGCUGAAGAUAAUCGUAAAAUGACGCCACUCCAUAACGUUGCUGGAUAUG